AUGCACCCCGAGCCCUCAAGCCAGCUCCCGACGCUGCUGGGGAGUGCAGCCGCUGGCAUGAUCGGCCGCGUCUUCUGCCACCCGCUGGACACUGUCAAGGCCCGACUGCAGGCCAGCACAGCCUCGGGCCAAACGAUCGUGUCGCAGCUCAACCUCCGUGCCUUCAGUUUGCAGCACCUGCGCGGACUUUACCGUGGUCUGGGGGUCAGCAUGCUGGGCUCCGCGCCCGCGACUUGUCUGUACCUGACGUCGUACGAGGUGUCGAAGGACGCCCUCAUGGGCGUCGAGAGCUUCCGCGCCAGCCCGUCGCUGCUGUAUCUCGGGGCGGGAAUGGCGGCGGAGGCGCUCAGUUGUGUGCUGUGGGUGCCCAUAGACGUCAUCAAGGAGCGUAUGCAGGUGCAGGUGCAGUCCUCGACUGCGUCGGGGGCGGCGCGGAAAGUCUACUACCGCAACACGGUCGACGCUGUGCAAACUAUUGCGCGUACGGAGCGCCUCGGUGGGCUGUACAAGGGCUACGUUGCGACGCUGCUCUCGUUCGGACCAUUCUCAGCGCUCUACUUCAUGUUCUACGAGAAGACCAAGGCUUUCGCGCAGAAGCGACUCGAAAUGGAGGAGCUGCCGGCGCACUAUACACUUGUCAGCGCGGCGGCUGCUGGCGCUACAGCCUCGUUUCUCACUAACCCCUUGGAUCUGAUCAAGCUGCGGCUUCAGGCUAGUGGCGUUCAACGCGCCUACGUGACGGAAGGAACCCCAGCAGCCUACCGUGGAAUUACCGAUGGGCUAGCGCAAGUGAUCAAGUACGUCGUCGUAUUGCUCGUGCUGUGUAUUUACUGA